UGACUGAGAGUCGAGGGAUCCUGGAGAGUAUACAGAGAUUUUCUUUACUGCCAACUUACUUACCCGUGACCUAUCGUAUCCACAAUGCGGAUGUUUCCUUCUUUCUUAAGGAAGCCAACCAGGAUAUUAUGAGGAAUUCUAGCUUGCAGUCCCGAGUGGAAUCCUUUCUGAUCUACAAAUCCAAGAGGCCACCUGUGUUAAAUGCCAGCUAUGGACCUUUUUCCAUUGAACAAGUAGUGCCCCAGGACUUAAUGUUGUCUUCAAAUCCAUUUGGAUCUACUGACAAGUUCUCUUUUAAUUGGAAACUUAAGGCCUUCAUAAUGAGCGACAAAAUUUACCCAAGCAAGCCCAAAGUCCAGGUCCUGUUCUACAUCGUGGGCAGGCACUGGGAUGACUAUAGCACCACGGAACGGCUGCCCUGUCUGCGGGUGUUUGCCUUCCGAGAGACGCGGGAGGUCAGAGGCAGCUGCAGAUUGCAAGGCGACCUGGGGUUGUGUGUGGCAGAGCUGGAGCUCCUGCCAAGCUGGUUUAACCCCCCUACAGUUGUUGCUGGCCGUAAGAAACCAAUGGAUCAGUCUGAAGGGAGCCCUGUGGAGCUUUACUAUGCCAUACAACCAGGAGAUGAGAAAGGGGAAUGCACCAAGGAGGAUGUAAGGAAAAGCAAUGGGAUCCGAGCAGGGCGCAAUGACAUUGAUGAGUCGGGACCUCCCUUGCAGAGGAUUGGAAGUGUCUUCCUUUACCAGACACGUGCUGGCCCUUCUUUAAGCGAAAUGAGAUUGGAUAAUAAUAUUGCCAUCCAGUACGCACCAAAGACUGUCAAGCAAGGUGACAUUUUGACUUUCCUUGUAUCUGUUGCUAAAAAUUCAACAGAAGAUCAGUUCACGCUGAGGGCAAAGGUGAAGAAAGGUGUGAACAUUUUCAGUGUAAGAGCCAGCAGCCCGUACUUAUGGGACAUCAGAGAAAGCAUGGAUUAUACUGGGAAAUAUGCACCAGCUGUUAUUGUUUGCCAGAGGAAAUCUGCUGCCUCUGAAAACAGUGCGGAUGGUCCUUCCUCUGAAAUCAUGCAGAUUGAUUUCGAAAUUGAAGACCUAACUGACCUACCUGGGACCCAGCUCAUCACGUGGCAGGUAGAAUAUCCUGGAGAUACAACGUCUGAUCUAGGAAUCUCCAAGAUCUACGUAAGCCAGAAGGACCUGGUAGGAGUUCUCCCUUUGGCUAUGGAAGCAGAGAUCCUGAAUACAGCUAUUCUUACUGGGAAAACAGUGGCUGUCCCUGUCAAAGUGAUCUCUGUGGAAGACGAUGGGACUGUGACUGAUCUUCUGGAAUCUGUGGAGUGCAGAUCUUCAGAUGAAGAUGUCAUUAAGGUUUCUGACAGAUGUGACUAUGUCUUUGUCAAUGGGAAGGAAAUGAAAGGCAAAGUGAAUGUCAUAGUUAAUUUUACUUACCAGCAUCUGAGUGCCCCUUUAGAAAUGACAGUCUGGGUUCCUCGUCUCCCACUGCAGAUAGAGGUCUCUGACACAGAACUAAAUCAGAUCAAGGGGUGGAGAGUCCCCAUCAUCUCUAAUAAGAGACCAGCCAGGGACAGUGAUGACGAAGAAGAGGAUGAACGUAAGGGAAGAGGCUGUGCACUUCAGUACCAACAUGCGAUGGUGCGAGUCCUCACACAGUUUGUAGCUGAAGCCUCAGACCCCAGUGGCCAGCUAAGCUAUUUACUGGGUUCUGACUGGCAGAUUGACAUUACCGACCUGGUGAGUGACUUCAUGCAGGUGGAGGAGCCAAGGAUCGCUAAGCUGCAGGAUGGACAGGUUUUGAUCGGGCAGGAGCUUGGAAUGACAACGAUUCAGAUAUUGUCCCCCCUUUCGGAUGCUAUUCUGGCUGAGAAGACAGUGACAGUUCUGGAUGAGAAAGUGACAAUAACUGACCUGGGAGUGCAGCUGGUGACUGGAUUGUCGCUUUCUCUGCAGCUCAGUCCAGGAAGCAAUAAGGCCAUCUUUGCUACAGCAGUAGCCCAAGAGCUGCUCCAAUCUCCAAAGCAGGAAGCAGCCAUCAGCUGCUGGAUCCAGUUCAGUGAUGGAUCUGUCAUGCCCCUGGAUAUUUAUGACUCCAAAGACUUCUCCUUGUCAGCUACAUCUUUGGAUGAGAAGGUCGUCUCCAUUCACCAUGACCCCAAAUUCAAGUGGCCUGUGAUUGCUGCUGAGACAGAAGGCCAGGGGACACUGGUGAAGGUGGAGAUGGUGAUCAGUGAAUCAUGCCAGAAAUCCAAGAGGAAGAGCAUCCUAGCUGUUGGAAGUGGUAGCAUUAAAGUCAAGUUUGGGCAGAGUGAUGCCAACCCUAACGUCAGUGACAGUAAACACAGGGGUGCUGGUGUCCACCUAGAAAAUCAUGCCAGUGACCGGCGUCAGAAAACCACUUUGCAGGAAAGAGCUGGCCUAGAUGGCCGGUACUACAGCUCCUCAAUGGGCCAAGAGCAAGGCAGAGGGACCACCACCCAAAGGUCUAUUUUAAGUAAAAAAGAAGACAGAGAAAGCCUCCUGGAUGACGACAGUCAUCUGCAGAACAUCCCAAUAGACUUCACAAGCUUCCCUGCACAGGUGGAUCUGCCAAGAAGCAAUGGAGACUUGGAAGAGAAUGACCUAGUCCAGACCCCUAGGGGACUUAGUGAUCUGGAGAUAGGAAUGUAUGCUCUUCUGGGAGUCUUUUGCCUGGCAAUUCUGGUCUUCCUUAUCAAUUGUGUCACUUUUGCUUUGAAGUACAGAAACAAACAAGUUCCCUUUGAAGAGCAAGAAGGCAUGAGCCACUCUCAUGACUGGGUUGGGCUAAGCAACAGGACAGAACUUCUGGAGAAUCACAUAAAUUUCUCAUCCCAACAAGAUGAACAUAUCACAGCCAUUGACAGAGGAGUGGACUAUGAAGAGAGCAAAUAUCUCCUCAACACAAAUGCCGCCAAAAAUAUUAAUGGACAAUCUUUCAGGUCUACUGAGUCCACAUUCACUGAAGGGAAAGAACAGAAAAGUGAACCAACUACUUCUCCUACCUCUAAGAGGAAACGGGUUAAAUUCACCACCUUUACCACCAUCUCCUCUGAUGAUGGGUGUCCAACUGUCAACUCAAUCUUGAUGAGUAGUGAGGAUGACAUUAAAUGGGUCUGCCAGGAUAUGGACCUGGGGGAGUGCAAAGAACUUAAAAACUAUAUGGAGAGAUUACAUGAAAAUGUGUAA